AAAAAAAUAACAUAAAUAACAAACUGAUAGACAGUAACGAGAUCUGCAUCUGUGUGUGUUCUUGCAAAAAAAAGUCUUAAAAACCUGCCACAAAUAUCUUUAAAUUAAGGGAAUAAUAUAUAUUCGUAGUCAUUCGCGUUUUUGGGUUGUGCAUCUUGUGUAAAUGAGUAAAAUAUUGGAAAUCAGCUGUACAUACAAUAACAAAAUUUCUAAGUGCCAAAGUCACAAGAAACUGCGAUCGAAUUCAUCAAAUCAACAUUUGAGUAUACAAAUGUAUGUAAAUAUACUUGUGCAUAACAUCGACAUAAAUGAGUAUCUGCGAAAUGUCUGAAAUAAAAUAUUGCUACAAGGAUAUAAUCCCAGUAUUCCUGGAAGAUUUCAAAAAGGAUUUUGAUUGCAAGGACAUUGAGGAGGCUUUGCGGGCAAUAUUGAAAAAAGAGGAAGUUGAUAAUAUUGUGAAUGAGUCACAUCCAUUGCAAACAUAUCGUUUAUUUUGGACGUUGCGAGACCAAGGAAAGAAUGUUGUUAAAAGAUUUGUCGAAGAAGUGCUGAAAGAUUCACAUGGGCCCAAUUAUGGAUUCCUACUAUCUGCAAUACAGAAAGAGUGUAAAGAACCCAGCUUGAAUACCAAAAAUUAUAUUUCCAAAGUCGACCGGUUGUAUAACGACAACCAAAAGUUCACGAAAUAUAAUGUGUCAAGAAUUGAACAGUAUUUGGAAUUGCAGAAAGCUCUGCUCGAGCUAAGACCUUCUAAAAACGUUUUAGUUGAAGGAGAUCUUGGGGCUGGCAAACAGUGGCUUGCUUUAGACGUUUGCUCUUCGUACGUUGUGCAACAAAAAAUGGAUUUUAACAUAUUUUGGUUAGAUGUGAGAACAUGCUGCUCACCAAAAAGUCGUUUGGAAGCACUCCAAUCGUUUCUUUACAUAAUUGACCACAACCAGCAAGUGAAUUGCGAUGGCAGCAUUCAGUUACAGACUGAGUGGUUGAAGUCUAAAUUAAGUGAUAAGCUGAAGAGUGAGCUAUACAAAAAUUGUCUUCUGGUUUUACGUAACGUGCAGAACAAAGAAACGUGGGAAGCAUUUAAUCUGGGAUGUAAAAUACUACUAACCACGCGACAGAAAAACGUAGUAAAUUUUUUGUCGACUUUAACGACAACUCAUGUGACACUUAAAGAUGCUCUUAGUCCUUUUGAAACAGAGUCUCUUUUUUCCAAAUUCCUACCUGAAAUUACAUACGAGUCACUUAAGAAGCUAACGGUAACACUUAUACAAGAAAAAAAAACAAAUCCUCUUCUACUGACCACAAUCGCAAGGAGUAUUCGUGAUGAUCAUUGCACCAUUGAUAACUGGGAUCAGAGAAACUCGGAAAAAUUGACUUCAAUUAUAGAAACCACCUUAAAUGUAUUGAAUUCCGAUGAGAGGCAACUGUAUAAAAAUUUAUUUAUAUUUCCUAAAUCUGCUUAUAUACCUCUACACCUUUUAGGCAUCGUAUGGCCAGGUAAUGACCCGAUAACCAUCGUCAAUAAAUUAUAUAAGUAUUCCUUAAUUAAAAAGCAUUUAGACAGUAAAAAACGUAUGACAAUAACCCUUCCUAGCAUUUAUUUUGAGCUGAGCAUACAUAUAGUGAAUGAGGCUGUACUCCAUAGAAAAAUUAUUGAGCACUAUAACAUACCUCAAGUUUUUGAUGAAACAAAUGGAUUACUAAUACCAAAUCUGGACAGCUAUUUUUAUAAACACAUUGGUCACCACAUCAGCAAGAUCAAUGAUAAUAUAGAGCGUGAGACAUUAUUUCGGAAAGUAUAUCUUGACUUCCGUUUCCUCGAUCAAAAAAUUCGAAAUGAUUGUACACCAUUGGGUGCUCGGGGCUAUGUGUUACCUACUUUGCAGGUUCUUAGACUAUACGAAGCGCAAAUAAUUAAUGAGAAACAAUACAUGUGUGCACAUCAAUCAUCUGAUUAUAAAGAUAAUGAUAAUGUAUAUUAUGACUUGCUCCUUAAUGCGUUGAUAACCUUUUUGCUUAAUGCUGAAGAGAAGUUAAUAAGAUCCGAGUUCAGCUGUCUAUUACAAAUUGCACUCAUGACUGAAGUAGGAGUAGUCUACGAUGAAGCAUUUCGCCAAGCACAGCGCUUGCCUUCUUAUGUGUGGUUUACAGAAUGUGGGCAAUCCAAUCCGCAUCGACAAAUUAUUAAUUUGGGCAAACAUCAGGUGCGACACGCAAUAUAUCUGGACGAUGACUAUUGUCUAAUGGCAUUAAGCAAUCAACAACUGUUACUUACAGACGUCUCAUUAGAUGGAGACGUGUCCUAUUUGCUUAGCGAUAACAAUGAUCUGUAUGACAUAGUGGAGAUGUGUGUAUUCAACAAGCACAAACAUCUGUUAACGCUGUACAGCAACGGAAGCUUAAAACUUUGGUCACUGCAGCACCUUCUUCGUCGACGUAAUACCGAUUCCUCUGUAAGGCCACGGCUUGGCCAAGUGGCCAAGCACUCGAAAAUAUUUUGCAAUGUGAAGUUUGUUAAUAACGACGUUCAACGUUUGACUAAUACGUCAGCGGAUCAAAAAAUAUGUUCAUUUUUUCUUGAAGAGAAAGACGAUGAAGACGAAAAUAUCUUCAUACAACUGCAUGUGGCUUUUAAUAAUGGAGAUAUUUGCAUAUGCGACUGGGAAAACAAGGAAGAAAAAUUCAAGCAAUCGCAUACACCAAUUUUAAAAACCCAACAGCGAAAGUUACGAUGUUUUUCAAAAUUAAUGGACCGAUUUUAUGUGCUAUGCACAGUUGAUUGUAAAUUAACAGUCUGGGACCUGCGUCGUGGCUCAAAAGAAACAGAACAUGAUUUCGGAAAUGAAGAAGCUCUCAAAAUGGAAACUUAUAUAGAUAAAAAUGAAGAUUACACAAUGUUAUUACUAAUAUUUAAAUCGCGGGUUUGGCAACUACGAUUCAAGCAUUCUGACAAUAAUAGUACUAUAGUUAAAAAACCGCUGCAUUUCACUGAUAUGGAUGCCGUAUCUAUCACAUGCGGCAAAUUAUCCAAAGACGGCCGAUAUUUAGUUCUUGGAACAGUUCAAGGUCUUAUUGUAUAUGACUUGAAAGUUUUUGAUUCUGUGUUGCGAAGCAACAUCAGUGAACAUAUUAUUUGCUUGGAUAUCUAUGAUUUGAAUAGCCCAAAACUAAAAUAUAUUGUUUUAUGCGGAGCAGCUGGAAAAAGUAUAUUACAUUUGUAUACUUUAAGAAAUAUUCCAGCCAAUGAAAAUCAGUCUAUAACUUGGGCUCAUAAAGCUAAAAGAGAAAGUUAUUCAAAUAACACAACGGUUGAUCUACAAUCCUAUCUUGAGCCUAAUGUAUACCUUCGCCCGCUUUUGAUAAAAUGUAAUAAUGAUACACUAUUAGCCGUUGAUUCCAGGUCACGUAUUCACAAAAUUCAAAUAGAAGACGGUGAAUCCCACUGGUCAAUGAUAACAACACCUCUGAUGGAUCGAAAUAGUCAUAUAACAGCUUUAUGCACUUGUAAAAAUAAUAAUAUUUUUGCUGGUUAUAGCAAUGGAGUUAUCUUUAACAUAAGCAAAAACGAAAAGCUGCUGCAAGAGUAUUCAACCAAUCAAGUUGAUUAUAUAAAUAUGAUUAACUCAACAAUUUUAAUUACAUCAUCUAAAACAUCAUCUAAGUACGCUACUUUAAUUUUCAACUUAUCAAAAUUAGAGAUGAAUACAGCGUCCUCAUCAAUUUGGCCGAUAAAGCUUUCGAAAUAUACUAUGUCUGCUCGACUUUUUAACGAGCAUUUUCUUCUUAUUUUUACAGAGAAUGGCGUGAUUAGCAUAGAUUUGUAUAGUCCUCAGCAGAUACAUCAUUUUGUUGGACCUUAUGAUCGGUUGGUUGGAUUUGAUAUGAAUGAACACCGACUUUACUUAGCCUUUAUAAAUCGCACUGUUAAGAUUUGUGAAGUUAAUAGUACAGGCCAUAAGUUAAACUAUAAAUCUCUCUGCAAAGAAAAUAUAAAAUGUCAAGAUAUAAUUAAUGAAUUGACAGUCACACAUGACGGUAAAUUAGUUGCUAUUGGCUUUAAAAAUGGACAAAUUAAGAUUUAUAUAUAUGAUAACCAACGUUUGGAAUUUAUUUUUACCAUAUCACAAGGACAUGAGCCCUGUCAAUCAAUUAAGAUGCUCUUCUCACCAUGCAAACAGAUUCUUGUUAGUUGCGCAGAACGAUUAUGUUUUUGGGACGUGAACUAUAUUCUUAGUAAUCGAAUGACUGCCAAAUGUCGGAGCAGGCGAUAUAAUCGGGAUCUGCAUCACUCACAGUUUCUGCCAAAAGGUCACGAGGAAGUCGAUGCGUCCCCAUGGUCAGGCGUACCUAAAGAUCUCAAAGAACCAUUGACUGUGUCAAAUUCUUCAAAAAGUAUUAAUAUGCACCUGGAAGCUGAGCAAAACAGAGCAUAUCUUUGGAGGGGGAAAAGGGGACACGCUAAGUUCCCGGCAUUGCUAGCGUGUAUCACAUUUGUAGGAAACAAAGGAUUGUCUUUCUAUGCUAAUGUUGAUUUUACUCAGUUUUAUGCUAUAGAUAACGAGGGAGUAUUUUAUCACCUAAAGAUAUUGGAGUUUUUAAGUGAGUAUAAACCAAAGUUGUCGAGUACAGGAUUAGUACGGGAUGUUGGUCUUGAGUUUAGUAGUUAUCAGGGUGUAAUGCAUCUACCGUGUAUCGCUGAUGGUAAUAAUGGUAUCGAUGUUGUAGGAAAUUCGAAUUUGAGUUCGAAUUGUUUUCUGUCUGAAAAAAAUACACAAGUAUACGAUCCAUCUAAUGUGAUUUGACGCCAAUUGUGCGCAACAUUUUUGCGCACAGAAAACAUAUGUCGAUACGCAAUGAUAGGACUAUUUUUAUAUUAUGUAUUAUUAUUAUAUAUUCUUAUGUACUAAUAGUUGAAUGUAUUAUUCUAAUGGGCUGUAAUUUUUUAAUUAUAGAAAGUAGCCUUUUCUAUAAUUAAAAAUCAAAGCUACUGUGAUUAUAAGGCUUAGGUUCAUAUGUACAUAUGUAUAUAAUUUUUGAAACGAUAACAAAAUAUCUAAGAUCGUAAAUAAGAUUACUGUUUAAUGUUGUACAUAUUUGUAAACACAUGGAAAUAUUAAAAAAGAAAUAAAAUUAUAUUUUAUAAAAUAUGUAAUUAGUA